AUUAGUGAUACUUAUCUAUCAUGGACAUUCAUGUCUAUCUCAGGAUCCAGGAAUCUGUCAAGCAAAAUAUUUCAGAUUUUGACAUUGCGCUAGAAACAGCCAUCUCAUCAUUUCCUCAAGAACGUGCUGAAACUGUUCGAAGUAUCGUUACCCAAGAAUACCAGAAGUUUAUAAAAUUUAAUUAUAAAUCAUCACAUUCAUGGGAGAAUCGGAAAAAACUUUUCCAGAACUUUGUCUCGUCAAUACAGGACGGAGCUAAACCAGGGAUUAUUAUAAACCUUGCACAACAAAACAAAACGUCGCCAGCCCUCGCCGCUAAAAUCAUUCUAGAAGAAUAUUUAAAGAAAGAAUCAAUAGAGGAAACUGAACCUGGAGAUAAAAGGGUUGAGACUGCUUUUCGGCUGCGUGUAAACCAGUUACUGAAGAACCACGCUCUAGUUCCUGAUCGGGAUCUUUCCUACGAGAUCUUUCUCGCUAAACUCAAGGAUCACAGCUACGGUCCUCUGGCAGAAGCAAUUAAACACAGUAUAGGAGAAGAACAUGAACAAAAGUUGAAGGACUGUUUGAACGCCUUGAAUAUCCCGUUCAGUGACGAGCACGUGUUGAGAGGCCAUGGUUAUGAUAAAACCCCGGAUGUAAAACUAGAAGUUCCGAUCGCUGUCAACGGAAAGAUUAUUAACUGGAUAGAGUCUAAGGCUCUGUUUGGAGACCGAGAGAGCCACGAGGGAUAUCUCCGAGAUCAGUUUUGGUCCUACUGGAACCGGUUUGGAUCCGGUCUGGUUAUCUACUGGUUCGGAUACAUCAAACAACUAGACAGUAAUUCUGAAGCUGGAAUAGUGCUAACAGAUCGCUUUCCAGACGUAUCAGAGAUAACAAGAUACGAUCCGAAGCUGAUCUCCCAGAGAACAGAUAAACUUGUAUUCCUGGGCAAGGCUGAGAAAGGACGGAGAAGUGUAAGUGAUAUCCUUCCCUCCAGAGCAACAGAUUCCUUCUCCACUUCAUUCGGAGAACUUUCAAUUAAAGAAAGUCAAUAAAAAGUGCCAAGGAGUGAGUGGAAAAG